AUGCAAUUCAAGAAUAUCGUCGCUCUACUAGCCACUACUGCCGCUGUCGCCAACGCUCAAGCCGUUGCUAACAAUGCAACCGCACCUUCUAAUGGGACAACGCCUGUGGUUACUCCAAACAAUACUAAUAACGCUUCAAACGGAACCACGUCGAGGAUAUCAACAGGUGCCGCCGCCACUAACACCAUCGGUGCUGGUAUAUUCGGUGCUGCCAUUGCUGCUGGUAUCACGUUCUUAUUCUAG